AUGAGUUCAAAAAGACCGGAGAUUCAAAAAUUAGGCGGCGAUAUUACGUUCAUUUCGGUAUCGCCGACGGCGGAGAAGCUGCGAAAGUUUCUCGAACUCAAUCCGGAGGUGCCGGCGGAUCGCGUCUUCGUCGACACGUCGAAGACGUUCGAGGCUUAUAAAGCGGCCGGGUUCGGGAAUUUAACAGACGUGGAUAAAUCGACGAAACCGGAGAUGAAACCUCCCGGGUUUAGUUUGCAAGACUGGUGGAAGUACAUCACCAACGUCAUCGCGUUGUCUCCCAUCGACCCGAACGAAAAACUCACGGGUCCUCCCGAAGGCGUUUUGCGUCUCGGCGGGACGUUCGUUUUGAACGGCGACGACAUCGCAUUCGCUUGGGCGGAUGCGGUCCCUGGCGCGCACCCUGAACCCGAAGACGUCGUCAAAGCCGCCAGAGACGCGUGGGGGUCCUCGUCCGCUUAA